CUUAUGGUUUAAGGCUUAAAUCACCUAUUGUAGACCGGGAUUUACCAAUCGUGUAUCAAUUAUAUAAGAAACUAUCGAUAAUACAGUAGUGUUUUAUUACCGACUGUGUAAAGAAUGAUUUUUCUAAAAGUUGGACGAUGCGCCACUAAAUUUUGCUGCUCAUCAUUCUUCAACAUUCUUCAAAUAUCUUUCGUAUUCAACGAAAUGAUGAUCGAGCGGCAAUGGUGUUGUUGCAACAUAUGAUCAGUGUUGGAAGUAACGAUGCGAAUUAUAUGAAAUGCUCAUCAGACGCGAUUAAAAAUGAAACCGAGAACGCGACGACGGAAACUACAAACAUUGAUGAGAAAGUCGAUGAGCUCAUGGCACAUGUAUUCGGUUUGACAUUGCGUCGAGAUAGCGGCGAACAUUCAUCCAGUAGAUCUCUGAUAUAUAUUGAUGCCGAUUCGAUGGAGCAUGCAGUCUUUGAGCGUUUAAUGCUGCCAAAUCCUAAAGCUGAAACACGAAAUGUCGAUAGCCAUGUCGUUCAAACACAAACUCUAAUUUAUCUUUACGAAUGUUAUUGUCGUUUAAAACAUUAUCAAAUGAACAAUGAUGAUUUGGAAGAGACUAUAAACAACGCUUGUCAAAUUGUUCUACGAAACGCCAAUACUGCUUUACAAGAACCUGAUUUGUUUCAGAAUCAGGAUCAAGAUUUGAUCAAUAGCCAGAUUCAUAGUCAAUUUAUUGCUCUGUUUAUGGAUGAUACUAUAUCACAGUUGGAAUUACCAUCAUUUAUUAAUGAUGUAGUAGAAGAAUUAAUAGCAACAAAUACAGAAUGUGAUACAGAGGAUAUAAUUGCAAAAUCAUUCUCUCCGAUCCUUGAUAUUAUUCAGAAAGAAGCAGCUCAGAGUAAUCUUUUUAACUUUCGCAAACAAUGGUUUGAGCUGCUGAAUGUAUUUGCCACCAUUGAUCCAUUAGCAAAGUUGUUAAUUCUUCAUAGCACACCAAAGAAAAGUCACGGUUUUGCAUAUUCGGAUACUUUAUUGGGCGCAUUCUUCAACUUGAGUUGUUUACCAAAAACACCUAAUGAUCCAUAUAAUCUUUUUGAUAAACCUGCGCAUUCAGACUCAGUCAUGGAAGGUAUAUGGAUCGGCAUGAAUAGUCUGAGUGAAGGCCUACAUAAAGUUUUCCACUCCUUAUUAAAAUGUUCAAUGGAACUUCGUCACUUGACCUUACAAUGGUUAGGUAACUGCCUUCAUACAAAUGCAAAUAGGGGAAAACUUUGGAACACUCAUAUGGAGAUGGGAUUAUUAGGGGUGCUAUAUGUGUCGGAUGGUUUUAUGUUGAAUAUAGGCAAUGUAUUGUUACGUCUUUGUCAACCAUUUUGUGCUAAAUUAAAUGAUACUAAAGUACCAAAGAUAGAUCCUACAUACUGUAGUGCAGAGAUGAAAGAUGAAGCCGAGAAUCUACAAUGUGGAGUACAUUUGAAAGGAUUGAGUUCUGAGACGUGUUUGAUACCAACUCCACAAGGUGAAAGUCGACCAAUGUCGAAUUCAUUCGGAUUCAUAACGGAAUGCUUUUUUCUCACACAUCGUGCAUUAGAUCUUGGUUACAAAAUUAUCAUGGAUAAAUUUAUAAAGACAAACGAAGAUUUAUCUAUAAUACAAAGAUAUUACAAUGAUGCUUUAGAAUCAUCCAGAGAAUUCAUCAGUUCAGAAGAAGUGGAGCACCUGUCACAACAAUUGGAAAAUCAGGCAUCAAAAUAUUUCACUUUUAAAGCAAGUUUAUUAGUACCAGAAAUGUUAGAACAUAUGGUAAAUUUUCAUGCGAUGACGGCAUUUUGGUUAACACAAGUCAGUUUGCACAUUGCAACUGAAGAAGAGGAAAAAGAAAAUUUUAUACCGAAACGAUAUACACCUAUUACAUUCCCGUUACCAGAAAUUGUUCCAAUCACACUAAGAUGUAUUCCCGAGUUUAUAGUAGAGAAUGCCAGAUUUCUUGUGUUUUUACGUCGCUGCAGUCCAGACACAUUCGAGAAACAUGGUUCGAAUUUUCUGAAUCCAAUUUUGACAGAGAUUAUAGUUUUGAUGGAAUCUCAGCAUCGUUUAUAUAAUCCACAUCUGCGAGCGCGUUUAGCUGAAAGUCUAGAAGCGCUUUUGCCGAUUACAGACGAUUAUGUCACUCAAGAUAACUUGAGAACACCUAAUUUAGGAACAUUUCAUAGAGAACAGCUGUUUCUUACUCAUCCAUAUAGACAGCAGAUAAUUGUCAGUUUAUUACAUGUCUUUGUAAGUAUCGAAAUGACUGGGCAAAGUGUACAAUUUGAACAAAAGUUUAACUAUCGUCGUCCAAUGUACAUUGUCAUGGAAUAUUUAUGGAAACUUGAUGAACAUCGUAAUAUCUUUAUUGCUUUAGCUCAAGAGGCGGAGAAUAACAUGGAAGCAGUUCAACCACCUCUGUUUCUACGUUUUAUUAAUUUGUUGAUGAAUGAUGCUGUGUUUCUCUUGGAUGAAGCCUUAUCAAAUAUGACACAGUUAAGACAAAUGAUUCGAACUAGGGACAGCGGAGAAUGGCGUUAUCUACCAGAAAGUGAAUACGAGCAACGAAGAACGAAUCUUGAGCAUAUUGGUUUGAUUGCUCGCUUUGAUAAUAUUUUGGGUAGGAAAACUAUACAAACGAUAAAAAUGUUAACUACUGAAAUAAAAUCAAUUUUUUGUCAUCCGACUAUGGUGGACCGUAUUGCUUCUAUGCUCAAUUAUUUAUUAUUACAACUAGUGGGACCAAAUAAAAAAAAUCUUAAAGUGAAUCAAAAACAAUAUGCAUUCAAUCCUGCAAAUUUGGUGUUAAAUAUUUGUGAGAUAUAUAUUAAUCUAAGUAAGAAUGAAAGCUUUACGCUUGCAGUGUCGCAAGAUGGACGUUCUUAUAAACCAGAUUUAUUUAAAUUGGCUGGUAAUGUGCUCGUUCGUAUCGGCGGUGCCAGAAUUUUGAGAGAUCUGGAUCAAUUUGGAAAAAGUGUAGAGGACGCUGCCAAUCAAAAGCGAGAAGAGGAUGAAAUUUUGACGGGUAUUCCCGAGGAGUUUCUAGAUCCAAUUAUGUCAACUGUUAUGACGGAUCCUGUUAUUUUACCAUCAUCGAAAAUAAAUAUCGAUCGUUCGACUAUAGCAAGACAUUUGCUCAGUGAUCAAACUGAUCCUUUUAAUCGAUCUCCACUUACAAUGGACAUGAUAAAAUCGAAUGUCGAACUUCAACAGAAGAUACAGGAAUGGAUUUCGCAAAAAAAACAAGAGAAAAUGUUAAGCACUGAUACAUAAUUUAUCGUCAAUUGUAUCACGAUAGAACAAUAUUAAAAUUUACGCAUAUAAUACAUAUAAUACAUUCUACUUCGUAGAAGUAUAAUAUAAUACAUUCUACUUCGUAGAAGUUUGAAAUUAAAUCUCAAGAUCAAAAAUACAUUGACAACAACCUUCCGAUUGCUAAAAAAAAA